AUGGUUCUAAGUGGCACGUUAACCGACAUCCCAGAGCCGCCGAAGUGCCUAAGUACAAUAGUGCCGCCGCCUUUUGUUCUGCGCUAUUCAGCAUCGGCACACAUACUCACGGACUUACGAACGGCCUGGCGCCUUCACGAUUUCAUACACGCUCACGACUUCAUCGACGUCUCGAACGCUUUACUCCUUGCCACGUCUUGCUUUGCUAUUGAGCACGCCUUGUACGACAUGGGCCCGCAUGAUACGGCCAACGAUCCAUCGGCUGGUCCGGUGCCCUCCGAGCACUCUUCCACGAGGCCGCACGCGACCCUUCUAUGGCGAAUCCGUCGCUUCUUCACGCGCCACUUUCACGCUCCGCGCCCAUGUCUGCGACGUGCUCGCCCAUCUCACGAGUUUAUUGCCUCAAACGACAAUCCCACGCACGCUACGACUGCUCAGCCUUCCCGUACGGACGGCAUCCUAGACGCGAUCGAGCGGCACCGCGAGACGACAGAGCAGGGCUUCAAUAGGAUCGCGGACGCCAUCGGUCAAGCUGCACUGGGUCUCGCGGGCCACGGCGGCGGUCCUGGUGGGUUCCCACCCGGGAUCGCAUCAGACCCACCCGAAGUCGACGACCACCAGCCAUACGCAUCUUUCACGACCCAAGAAGCUUCAAGCCCGAACGAUGAUAUGCUGAACUUUCCGAACCCCGACCUGGUCGGUCAACCCUCCCGCCCGCUUGUCCGCCUGCUCAGGCCUGCGUCGCCCUCGCGAAAUGAGAUACGUCCAUCUAACGAUCCUAGGAGCCCGCGUGUCUCGCGCGACUACGACACGAGUGGAGACGACGAGACGAUGCAGGCCGCCGAGUCUGGACGACGCUCGCAGGGAGAGCGCGUUUCGCAUGAGCUCGCAGAAAGCGGCGCCGGCCCUUCCCAUGCAGCCUUGGGCAAUCCAUCCCAAGCUCAUGAGUUCGCCGGAGACGGGCAGCGGGAGGACGCUGGAGAGGCUACCUCGCGCGAGCAGCGGGUGGUCGCGGCACCUCAGGAGGACAACGGUCCUCAGGCGAGCUCUUCUCGAGAGCACCACGGCAUCGGCGACUCUAGCAAUGCUCCCGGCGCUAGCUCUGGAGAUGGCGACCCGGCAUUGGUUCUAUCUACUCAAGACCGCGAUGUUCUCAAUGAUAUGCUUGCCCAUCCGGAAGCUUACCAGUGGAAUGUCGAGUACCAACUCGCAGGUGAUUCCCCUGGGGAAGACCCGUUCCCCGAGUUGGCACCCUCUCCAGACCCUGUUUCUCCGGCCUUGUAUGCGCCUCUGAGUCGCACGAUACCGCUACCCGCUCUCGACCUGCCAGGCGCUGACAUCGCGCCGGCGCAGUCUGGCCCUGUCGCGUCGUCCUUCGGAGACGCGGAUGCUGCGCAGACGGCCGGUGCCCCGCUCUCCUUCCCCUCGCUCGACACGAGCUCCAUUCAUUCGGCAAGCUCUGCCUUGCUGCACUACGUUCCUGCGGCUGAAGCGGAGACGAGACGUUACGACGAGCGGUCGGGGAGGCGGAAAUUGGCUGCCAUGAUGUCGGACCCGCCCCGUCAGGUCGUUGACCAGGAGGUUGGAGCGGGACAGCAGCGGCAGAGCGUCGCUUUGGACGCUGCGUCAGCGUUUGACGGAGAAGCUUUCCACCACUCUUCUCCACGACAAGAGACUCCACCGGACAACGAUGCAGAGCAAUCUAGUGAUGCCGCGGACGAGGACCCCACUCGUGCCGUCCUCGACGUCGCCCAGCAAAACCUCCGCUCGACGUACAUCCACUACCGCGACUUCGUCGUGGCAGACGGAGUUUUCAUCGGACGCAGGCUGCUGAUCUCCGUCGGAAGGAAGGUGGAGCUGCCGGACCCGUCCGAGCCCUUUGACGAAGGGCUCAAUAACCUCCUCUAUGUCUGCGAAGCGCGUCCGCAUGAUCUCACGCAGCUUUAUGUGGAGGUUCAUCAAAGCCGGGUCUCUGGCGGGCAGUACGACGAUCAAGACACGCUGAAUGCUAUCCUGCUUGCAAUCCGCGCUUACUUGCCAAGCUUCAACACGGCAGUCGUCUCAUUCAAGGCAUUUGAUGACGUGCAAGCCACUCAGGCGGUACAGCAGGCUCGACGCUCGAUUGCUAACGACUUCUCUCAUCUUCACCACGUCCGGAUUGAAGGAAUCACUUCAGCAGCACGACUUCUUACGUUCCCAAUCCAGGAUUUGUGCGUCCUUGAGGCUCUCUUCCCCACUUCAGAGAUGGACAUCAAGAUUCUCCUGAUGCAUCGCAGUGAUCGACUGGCUUUUCUGACUGCGGGGCCUAUUGAUUCCCGCCAGCCAAAUUACCUGUCAGGUUUUGCGCACGGUUCCCGCGCUUCCCCUAUUGCAGACCAUCCACACACCUUCGUCGUGCACUUGAAGUCCGCGUUCCCUUGCGAGCAAGCGCUGAAGAGUGUUCCGGGCAAUGCCGUUGUACAUUUCACGCUCACUGAGACGCGUGGGCUUGACAAACUUCGAGCCAUCAUGGAGGUUCAUCCGACGUGGACUAUGCGACUAGAUUGAUAGGGUAUACGGCCUUUCUGAG